GUCAACCGAUGAAAACAAUUGGUUUUGAAUAGUUUUGAAUUCUAUAAAAUUUUCCGAUUUUUGUAUGGUUUUAUUUUAUAUGCGUACAAACCUAAGUGUACCCGAAGAUAUAUUUAAUAUUACAAACAACGAUGCUGACUACUAAGCUAGAGGUCCUGGUGAACUUCGAUUCGUCUGUUGAUGACCAGUUCCUCGAGAAGACUAUUAAGACAUUGAAAACUCACGACGGAAUCAAGGAGGUGGUUUUCAAGGACGGUGCGUUUGUCGUGGAGACGGUGCUCCCAAGCGCGAACGUUCUGGACGUGGUCGGCUCCGUGACGGGGAGACCAGCCGUGAUCCAAGGUUUUGGGGAAACGCAAUCGGCCGUCGCCAUGAUCUCGGACCAGUCGUGCUGCAAUAAGAUCCUGGGCGUGGUCAGGCUGCAGCAGACGGCCGAGGGCCCCCUGGUCGCUGACGGCAGCAUCGACGGACUAAGCCCCGGGAGGCACGGGCUCCACGUAUAUGAGUCCGGGGAUUUAAGUCAGGGCUGCAAUUCCAUAGGGGGGCAUUAUAAUCCGUCGGGGGAAACGCACGGGGGGCCCGGCGACCCCCCGGAUCGGAGGCACGCUGGCGACCUCGGAAACAUUACAGCCGACGCAAACGGCAGAGCUGCAUUCAGGAUUGUCGAUGAUGUCCUAAAAGUGUGGGACGUGAUCGGCAGGUCUGUGGGCGUGACCGAGCGGGGGGACGACUGCGGCCGCGGAGACGGCACCUCCAGGGUCGACGGGAACUCGGGACCGAUAUUAGCGUGUGGCAUCAUAGCCAGGUCGGCGGGAAUAUUUCAGAAUCCGAAGCGGAUAUGCGCCUGCGACGGGGUAGUGGUGUGGGAUGAACGAGAUAAACCGUUGGCGGGCAGCGGGAGGAGAGGUCAGGGGGACCACGCCCCCAGCGAGGGGGGCUGCUGUGGCAAGGCAGACAAAACCACGAAAGGAAGUAAUAACAAAGGGGGGCGAUGUGGAGCAGGGGAUGGUGGGAGUGGCAACGGUAAAACUUGCUGUAAAGUGUAGGGGCACGUGUGGGGGAAAUUUUUGGGUUAUUUAAAGGAUUGUGGUCGUU